AUGGGUCCAUUGGCGGGAAUUCGAAAUCAAUAUCCAUCGCACCCAAACCCCAGAGGGACAGAGGAGUGGCGGAUUGUCCCUGGGAACGAAGGAUGGACGUUCGAGGCCUUUGAAUUCCCGCCACCUCCUGCUGCUGAACGACCUUCUGAUGCUGAAGAUCCCUUGCAAUUGCCCUCCAUGGCCGAUCUUCUUCUCCAAGGCUCCAGCGAUUUUCUACGACGUCUGGGACGGUGCUUCCGUCGAAGAUGCCGCCGACGAGGGAGGAGGUGGCCAGAUGUUCCGGACGGGUUACGGGAAGCCCGUGGCCGUAAAGGAGUCUUCGACAAGGAGCGCGAUCGCCGUUCUUGGAGAGGGCGGAACACUAGCCGCUGA